GCUGAGGGCCAGGGGGUACAUUCCUCGGCAGUUAUUUAGCUGGGUGGUUGGGGGGACAAAAAUGCAGCCUAAUUGGUCAGUAGCCUUUUCUAGUGAAUUGAAGGAGGUUUCUGUUUUAAGAAAUAAAGUGACUUCUCGGCUGUUGAUUCACACUGCCCACAGGGAGAUUUCUGAGCCGAGGCUUCCUAGCCUCAGUAGAAAUUUGCAUAUAACUUCCACUUCCUGCUUCGGAGCCUGUUUGUUGUACUGCUUACCUGGGCCUGGAGAGGGUGGAGGGCAGCCGAGCGACCCAAGGUGGAGUGACACGGGAGAGAGAGCGCGUGCCCACCCUGUGGCCUGGUCUGCCUGUUAGUGGUUCUACGAAACUAGAAUGAACCGAAGCAUUCCUGUGGAGGUGGAUGAAUCAGAACCAUACCCAAGCCAGUUGCUGAAACCAAUUCCAGAAUAUUCCCUGGAAGAAGAAUCAGAACCACAUGCUCCAAAUAUAAGGAACAUGGCACCCAACAGCAUGUCUACACCCCACACCACCAACUGUUCCUCAGGAGACUUUUCUCAGGCUCACCCACGCCUGAAACUUGCAAAUCACCAGCAGCCUGUGUCCCAGCAGAUCACCUGCCUGCGCAUUCAAGUCCUGGAGAGUGAAGACAGCUUCUGCAGGAGACACCCAGACCCAGGCAGAGAUGCUCCCUCAGGCUUCUCUGCAGCCUGCAAGCCUAAGCCCGAGUCUGUGAUGGGAGCCCUCCCCCCAGAGCAUCAGUUUUCAUUUAUGGAAAAACGUAAUCAAUGUCUGGGAUCUCAGCUUUCAGCAGCUUCUCCUGACACUGGCCAUGACUCAGACAAAUCAGACCAAAGUUUAACUAAUGCUUCAGCAGACUCCUCCAGCAGUAGCCAGGAAACUGUGCAACAGCCCCAGCCCCACAGGAACCGAGCAGCCCCAGAUCUGCCUACGAUAGACACAGGGUAUGAUUCCCAACCCCAAGAUGUCCUGGGCAUCAGGCAGCUGGAAAGGCCCCUGCCCCUCACUUCCGUAUGUUACCCCCAGGACCUCCCCAGACCUCUCAGGUCCAGGGAUUUUCAUCUGUUUGAACCUCAGCGGUAUCCAGUGUGUGCACAGAUGCUGCCUCCCAACCCUUCCCCACACGCUCAGUGGAAUUAUUACCAUUGUCCUGGAGGUCCCAAUCACCAAGUGCCAUAUGGCCACGUCUACCCUCGAGCAGCCUACCAGCAAGUGAUUCAGCCAGCUCUGCCUGGGCAGCCCCUACCUGGAGCCAGUGGGAGGGGCGUGCACCCUGUGCAGAAAGUGUUCCUAAAUUAUCCCAGCCCCUGGGACCAAGAAGAAAGGCCCGCACAAAGAGACUUUUCCUCCCCUGGGAUCCCAAGGUAUCAGGACCAGCUAUAUAACCAGCCACCUAAUAGAGCUGGAGCUCCGAAGGACUCCUUGGAGUGUCCCGCAGAGUUGAGACCACAGGGUCCCCAGGCUCCAUCCCCAGCUGCUGUCCCUAGACCUCCUAGUAACCCUCCAGCCAGAGGAACGCUGAAAAUAAGCAAUUUGCCAGAAGAAUUGCGGAAAGUCUUUAUCACUUAUUCUAUGGACACAGCCAUGGAGGUGGUGAAAUUCGUGAACUUUUUGUUGGUAAAUGGCUUCCAAACUGCAAUUGACAUAUUUGAGGAUAGAAUUCGAGGCAUUGAUAUCAUCAAGUGGAUGGAACGCUACCUUAGAGAUAAGACAGUGAUGAUAAUCGUAGCAAUCAGCCCCAAAUACAAACAGGAUGUGGAAGGCGCUGAGUCGCAGCUGGACGAGGAUGAGCAUGGCUUACAUACUAAGUACAUUCAUCGGAUGAUGCAGAUUGAGUUCAUAAAACAAGGAAGCAUGAAUUUCAGAUUCAUCCCAGUGCUCUUCCCAAAUGCUAAGAAGGAGCAUGUGCCCACCUGGCUUCAGAACACUCACAUCUACAGCUGGCCCAAGAAUAAAAAAAACAUCCUUCUGCGGCUGCUCAGAGAAGAAGAGUAUGUGGCUCCUCCCCGGGGGCCUCUGCCCACCCUGCAGGUGGUACCCUUGUGACACCCUUCACCCCCAGAUCACUGGGGCCAUGCCACAGCUAGGGCCCCAUUCACACAAGGCACCCUUCUAGCUGAGGCUGGGUGGCAGCAUUCGUAGCUGUUUUCAGCCUCUCCCUGAGGGGUCCUCCAACCCCAGAAGACCUGUUCUGCAGAGUACUCUUCCUCCUGAGACCUCCACACACCCUGUCUUUGAAACGGUCAUGGCUGCUCUGUAUAGUCCCUGCUUCUUACAUCCACUGCCUGUUCCUCCAGACAGUCUGGUGCAUCCAUUCUGGGCCUCUCGCUGCUUAGCAGGUAGAUCAUAGAAAUGAUGUUGCAAUAAAUGGAAAUGACCACAAACACCUUCCCGUUGCUUAAGGCUACUUUUCUGAGUUCAGCAGAUGCUUGUGUGGCCUUUGACCAAAAAGACCCAUGUACAAAUAAUAAAAUGUUUACUCUUUUGUAA